GUAUGACGGAUGGCGUAUGUGAAUCCUACAUUUCUAAUAAGUGAUUUCAAGUUGAGUUCGUUCGGGGCAAUCCCGAGCAGCUCCCGAGAGAACAAAACGAAUUCUUAAGUAAACAUCAUUGUCUGUUCUUUGUGACUGAACUGGGCUGAACUAAUGCACUUUUGGAAUUUAAAGUGAGAUAGGUAUAUGUUUAAUACUUGGCGAAAACACAAGAAAGAGAAUUCUGGUGCAGUUUAGUGCAGUAAUAAAAAAGCAGAUCUAUAUGGUAUGGGCCAUUUAUUGAGUGUGACAAGUGCGCUUUCUUUUUAACCUGCCUGCAGAAAAUGUCUUGGCUCUUUGGCAAAAAGAAGCACAAGGAUUCACCUCCUGAAAGGGAUGAGCAAGAGGAACGACCUUCCACAGAUCUAGGGGAUGAAUUCAUAAUAAUUGAAAGAAGAAGGCCCUCCUUGCCACCUAAUGUUGGUGACCACAAUACUCCUUAUCCUAAUAGAUUAUAUCCAUUUAUCGAUGGAACGGCAAUGAACCCUACAAUAUCAGAUGGUAAUUUACCAAAACUGACUCAACAAUUUGACGCUCCACAUUAUCUAAGUGAUGUACCAUUUAAGUUGUGCAAACAGUUGCAAAGUAACAUGAAUAGUGAUUUGGAGAUAGACAGUCUACGAAUUAGCGAAAUAAUGUCUUUCAUUGAAAGAUUAGAGAAUCAGAAUUACAAUUAUGAUUUCUCUCUUGAAACUGGAGUUAUUACAGAAAUGGAUAGUAGAACUACCGACUGACUUGAAACUUUUUUGAGUCUUAUUUUUACAUACGUAACAAAAAUGUAAAUUCUACAAAUCAAACUUAUAAUCCAUAAGGGUUUGCACUGACUUGGGUUGGAUUAAUGAUUGCACUGAGUUGGGUUGGAUUAAUGAUUGUUCUCCUAUUGGUCUGGAGACACUGGUAGUGCCUCGGCACUAAACUACGCGCAGUGAUACUACCGUGGCUACUUUACGCGAGCCGGCGAGUUGUGGCAGAUCGAGUAGAAUAUACGUCAAUAGUAGAGUAUUAAUCCAACCCAGGUAUAAACUCACUCGGUCAAAAAUGCUAUUAGAUGUAUACAUAUGUAUCUUUUAAUUAUAUACACAUGUAAUAAAAUUCAUUUUAAAAAAGCAAAUAUCGCAUAGUAUAAUAAUGCUAUAGUACAGUGAUGCGCAACCUGCGGCCUAUUUGUGAUCCUCUGAUUCACAACCAAAAAUAUAAAAUCAUUUUCUAUUUUAUGCAAACGAAAUAAACACAUGAAAAUGUUCCUUUGAAGGUGGCCCUUAAAAAAAGGUUGUGUAUUACUGCUAUAGAAAAUGUAGCAGUUAAAUUUGAUCUUUCUAUUCUAUACAGGCCAUUUUUUCGAAAACGUUCCUAUUUUUCAUAUAAGAACAAAUAGAAACGUGACAUUUUAAAUAGUUACAAGAAUAAUUAAUACACGAAUAUUUAAUUUUUAAGAAGAAAAUUAGCUU